AUUCUUCCUGAACGAGACUUAUUUCAAGAACUUACAGCAACUUCGCAACCAAAAUUUGAACCAGCGACGCCUCAGUUAGCGCAAGAAAUACAGCGGUGCUACUCCAAACUGGAUUUGUCCUUCGAGAACACAAAGGAAGUCUUCAAGAGUAGGAGAUCAAUUUGGCAAGGUCGACCUAAUUUGUGGGAAGAAUGCAAGUAUUCCAAAAUUAAGUUCAAGUUUAAAUCAGAAUGGAGAUUAUUUUGCAGUUACUGCGAGGGCAUGUUAUCAAGCAAGUCGAACAGUGAUAUACUGAGAGCCUUGUUGGUUCUGCGAAUCUGCGCCAUUGAGCCAAUAGUUAGGCAUAAUCAAUGGAUACUGGCCACCUUGAAAGCUACGCUAGGCCAGUCGCUGUUCAGGAAGCUACUAAAACGCACAUUUUUUGGGCAUUUCGUAGCCGGCGAAGAUCGGAAGGAGGUCGAGUUAGUAGCCGCUCGGCUAAAACAGUUCGGCGUGAAGUCCAUACUCGACUACUCUGUAGAAUCAGAUCUGAGUAGCGAAGAGGCUGUGAAGACAACUCAGAGCUCUCAGCUAGCAGCGGAAGUUGCACCUGAGGCCUUCACAAGUACAGUGGAUGCGAAGACGCUGCAGCAAACCCGGCAGAAGUAUACCGUGCAUAAAGAGUUCGCCGACCGUCGAAAGGAUGUCAUAAGCGCAAGGACCUACUUGUACGAAGGUGAGCACGUAUGCGACCGCAAUCGCGAUAUCUUCAUCGAAACGGUGGAUGCGGUGGCAACGGCUACUAAAGGCGAGGGAUUUGCUGCCAUCAAGCUGACAGCACUCGGACGGCCUACCCUACUUCUGAAGCUUUCAGAGUCGAUUGCGCAAACUCACAACUUCUUCAAAGCGUUGACCGGAACGCAAAAGAUUCAGUUUUCUCGUCUAAGUGAAGAAGAUCUGAUCAAAAAGCUGAAGGAAUUUGGUGUGAAAGCUGAGUCGCAAGUAAUUCGGGAGUGGUUCAAGACAGUCGACUUCGACGGGGAUGGUUAUGUUGAUUUUCACGGCUGGAGUAAGAUACUGGACGAUCACGUUAAGCUUGGCAACAUGUUCAAGAUCCUCAACAUUAAAACUGGUCAGUUGGAGCCUCUGAUUCAAAAUCUGACUGCUGAAGAGGAACAGGAAUUCAGUAACAUGAUGCGAAGACUGAUUGAUAUCGCCGAGCACGCAAUCGCCAGAGGUGUGCGAGUGAUGGUUGACGCCGAGCAGACCUACUUUCAACCAGCCAUCUCCCGUAUUGUGCUGGAGAUGAUGCGAAGAUAUAAUUAUCACCAUGGGAACAUUUUCAACACCUACCAAGCAUAUCUUCGCAACACCCUCGACGUGAUGGAGUGCGACAUGCAGCUGGCCCGUCGUGAAGGCUGGCAUUUUGGUUUGAAACUCGUCCGUGGUGCCUAUAUGGAACAGGAACGUAAGCGUGCCGCUUCUGUCGGCUAUCCUGAUCCUAUAAAUCCGGAUUACGAGUCGACUUCUCGUAUGUAUCACGCCUGUCUGGAGCGCAUUGCUGAGGAGCAUGCCCGUCGUGGAAAAGGAGCAGUUUCGGUGAUGAUCGCCUCUCACAAUGAAGAUACAGUUAGAUUCGCCGUCAAUCUAAUGCGUGACCGUGCAAUCGCUCCUAGUGAGAAAAUCAUAUGCUUCGCUCAACUUUACAGGAUGUGUGACCAGGUGUCGUUUUCGCUCGGACAGGCCUCAUAUUCCGUAUACAAGUACCUGCCGUAUGGCCCUGUUGAGAAAGUGCUACCCUAUUUGUCGCGAAGAGCGAUUGAAAAUAGCAGCAUCCUGAAGAAGGCCAACAAGGAGCGAGUAAGUCCACUGGUAUCUUGA